AUGGGGGACACCGCGUCCUCGGCCUCCACCGUGGCCAGGGCGCUGCCGCUGUCCUCGCCACUGGCGCCCCCCGGGUGCAGCAUCCUGUGCUUCGGGGACAGCCUGACCCAGGGCUUCUCCUUCGCCAGCGGCGGGCAGCCAUUCGUGCCCUACGGUAGCCUGCUGUCGGAGCGGCUCGCAGGCAGCGGCGUCUCCGUGGUGACCGAGGGGAUUUGCGGCUCCACCACGCGGGACAUGCUGGGGACUUUACCCCCUCUCCUGCAGGCCGUCGGGUACAGCCUGGUCUUCAUCCUGGGAGGAACGAACGAUCUGAACUUCGGCCACCCGAAGGAGGAGGUGCUGCAAAAUUUAUCGCACGGUGGCGGAUUAAUGCUACACGGCAGCGUGCUCCGGACUGGCGCGCGCACUGCCGUUAUCACCAUCCCGUUUCUUCGGUCAAAUGUCGGGCAGGAGAAGGUGGAUGCCGAUAGGCACUGGGUCAACGAAUCCCUCUGCCAGUUCGCGGCGGGCGACCCUGACAGGACGCUCCUCGUCGAGCUGGCCGCGCGCAUCCCGCAGGACGCCGCCCACUCCGGGCUGUGGGACCCCGACGGCGUGCACCUGUCGCCGUCGGGCUACCGGGCCAUGGGCGAGCUGAUCUGCGACCUAUCGCCGACGGAGCGGCCGCCGCCCGGCCUGGAGCUGGAGGGCGAGGGCGGCAAGCAGGCCCCACGCCGCGCUGCGCCGCGCCGCGGCGCGGCGAAGUCGCCGGUUGCUGCGAACGACGAGCUGGGCACGCUGAGCAUAUCACAAAUUCCAGCUUCGACACUGUCGUCUCCAACAUCGAACUUGGGGGCGUCGACCACGCGCUCGACCACGUCCAUGGUGGACUUCGGGGCCGACGACCUGGCCCGCGAGGGCGUCCAGGUGGGACCGGGCGAGGCCGACGGGGCGCCCUGCGAGGUGGCGGAGUGGCGGAUCAGCCGGCUCUCCGAGAAGCUCAAAGGCUGCAUGGGCAAGAACCUGGUGUCCCCGGCGUUUGAGGCCGCGGGCCUCAAGGACCUGCGGCUCAUGGUGGUCCCGGAUGGCAAGGAUGUCGCGAGGGGCCAGAAGGGAACCAAGCGCCAGAAGGAGGCCUACGCCAAGAAGGUCAGCGAGGGCCCUCUGGAGGGCUGCCUCAAGUUUAAGGUUCCCGAGUGCCCCGAGCCUGGUGUCGUGGAGUACUCCCUGAAAGUCGGCGGCGUCACGAAGGGCCCCUUCAGGCACAACUUCGUGGACACCUCCGUCAACGGCUGCGACGAUUUCGGGAUCGACUGGCUCCGAGAGGUGGAGCCGGAUAACAGCCUCACCGUGUCCGUGGUGAUCUUCCGAGGUCCUGGUCACGAGAACGCUCCCAGAGAAGCGGAUGCCGACUGA